AUGGUGGAGGACGAUUUCACUUUCAUCCCACUCUCAAACAUUGAUAUAGAAACUCUAAUUAAAAUUAUCGAGUACAUGAAGAAGCAUGCAGAGAAGACAGAUUCAAAGGAAGAAGAUAUCAAAGAAUUCAACAAGGAUUUCGUGAAGAAGACACUGAAUGAACUAUUUGUUCUUGUAUUGGCUGCAAAUUACCUUCACAUUAACAGUUUAAUGAAGUUGUUAUGUCAGUCUAUUGCUGAUAGAGUUAAUGACAAAACUCCAGAGGCUAUUCGAAAUAUAUUUAAUAUAACAUAUGAUUUCACACCAGAGAAAGGAAAAGAUUAUUGA